AUGGGGGUGAACCCAAGAUCUCUACAAGGUCAGAACGUGGCUAGAUUUCUAGCGGACUUGUCAAUUACCGAAGGUCUGUCCUAUAACACAAUUCUCCUUCAUAGAGCUGCCAUAACUACCUUCUGCGCUGGUGGACCUGCCUCAGACGCAUCUACUGACUUUCUAGUUCGACAAACCCUCAAGGCUAUCUCGAUUGCUAAGCCUCGUGAGAUCAAAUCCCCUAUCUGGGAUGCUCGGAUUCUUCUCAACUGGCUAGCUAAACCUACGGAUACCUUAUCUUUAUUUGAGAUUUCCAGGCGGACAGCAACCCUACUCCUAUUAGCUUCUGGACGACGAAAUCACGAUCUGACACUUUUAAGAAUGUCAAAAGACUACCUAGAGAAUCGAGAAGAUGAUAUAGUUAUGUGGCCAACCUUCGGCUCUAAGACGGACCGAGUUUCUUUUAGACAAUCGGGUUGGAGGAUUUCCAAACACCCGAAUAUCUGGCUGUGUCCUAUCACAUGGAUCAGGACAAAGCUUAAAAGGGCACAGGAAAGAAGAAAAGAUUUCAAUGUCGAUGCUCUUUUCAUAACCAUCUAUGGAGACGUUAAGCCUGCGUCUAGAACUGUCAUCCCUAAUUGGAUCAGAUCAGUCCUCAAGAAAGCCGGAAUAGAUGCCUCACCAGGAAGCAUUCGUUCAGGGAUAGCCUCACGAAGUUGGCUAGACGACCUCCCUGUCCAGGACAUUCUAGACCGUGGUAACUGGAGAUGCUCCGAAACCUUUAAGAAACAUUAUUACCGUGAAGUUUCAAAUGACAAUCAGCUCGAUCCUAGUUUAUCUUUUCCGAAGUUUACUCCUAUUUAA